CUGUUCAAUCUAAUCUCUCUGAUCACCUGCACCACCGCAUUGACGAAAGAAAAGUUCAAUUGGUCCUCGAAAAAAUCACUACUCGCAUUUGGAGACUCAUACACCUAUGUCCAAGGAAUCUACGGCCACCAAAAUUACAGUUUCAUCGGCGACAAUCUCAAUCUCGCAUAUAACGAAAGAGCUCUUCUUUCUGAUCUGAUAGUCCAAAAUCAAACCUCAACUGCAGAAGGAGGCCCUAACUGGGUGGAAUUCCUCACAGAUUGCGCCGUGGAGCCUGGUCUGCAUUCACCACUAGAUUGCAAGAAACAACUUUGGAAUUUUGCAUUUGCUGGUGCUGAUAUUUCAUCAGAAUAUACACCCCUCCACCACAACUUCUCCGUAGACAUAGUCACCCAAAUCAAACAAUUCCGAAACUAUGGCGCAAAGACCAUACAAAAGACCAUCAGCGCAAAAGAAACCCUAACAGCAAUCUGGAUCGGGAUAAACGACAUAUCAGACUCCGCAAAAUACAACAUCAAUUUUCCAGCCUUCUACUCAAAUCUAACAGCCACCCUCUUCGCCUCCGUGGACGAGCUCUACGCUCUCGGCUACAGAUCAUACCUGUUCAUGAACCUGCCACCACUAGAUCGUACGCCCGAGAAUGUGAAAUCGGGCUCGGCAAGCCCUAACGCAACUCAGGUCGCUUGGUAUAAUUCUGCCCUUUCGGAGCAAGCAGCGCAGUUCAAGGCGCGGAAAGGGGAUGUUGAGAUAUGGGUUUUUGAUGCGCAUGAGAGAUUGAGUGGGAUUUUGGAUGAUCCGGGGAAGUUUGGGAUUGUAAAUACAACUGGAUUCUGUGCUGGAUAUGAUCAGCCUGAUAUUGCGGUGAACUAUUUGAAGUAUGGAUGUCCGACGCCUUUGGAUGAGUAUUUCUGGUUCAAUACGGGACAUAUGACCAGCCAUGUGCAUCGCAUCUUGGCUACUGUACUGCAGGCGUGGUUGGAGAGUUAG